AUGCCAAGGCGGUACAGCUAUGUCACACUCACGCAGAACAUGUGCAGCUGGGAUGCCUGGAACGCGGUUGGAAACUGCUCGUCCAAUGACGAGCAAGACUUUAAUGGCUCCUUUGCGCCCGGUGUUAUCCCUCCAGUUGACAUUCCAGAAUUUUAUUAUACGCCCAUUGAUGGAACAUGGAAUGUCACGGCUGCUUUUGGCGCCGCACUUUCAGCGGAAUCCUCAAGCUCUGCUACGAACUUUGCUGCCACUAGCGUGACUUCCUCCUUGAGUUCAGCAACAUCGACCUCCGUGAGCAGCACGGAAAGUACUACCUCUGCUGAUUCGUCAAGCGCUACAGACAGUCUCCCUCCACACACUCCAACCACAGCUCCUUCUUCGGCGGAGAUCGCGUCGAGCAGCAUCGCUUCAUCGACAUCUGUUCCACCUAUUUCGUCCCCCAGCCUGAGUGUAGACGGUAACGGGAUAAACGGGACACCUCCCGCCAUUAGCUCCCAAUCCGUAACUUCGUCGGUAUCUCCGUCAUUCGCAAGUCCGCCUCCACCAGCAGCAAACGACUCGAAGCCCCCUCCGAAGCACAGCAGCGUCGGGCCCAUCGUCGGUGGUGUCAUAGGUGGUAUCGCUGGCCUUGCCAUGAUAGCUAUCCUCGCCAUAUAUCUCUUGCGUCGCAACCGGCGGUGUCAGGAAGGGUCUUCAGCUGUGAAAGUCCUGUCGCUUGGCCCAGACACCAUGAGGUUCCACAUUUUGCAGGACCCGGAGGACUCGUCGACGUUCCUCAGAUAUGACUGGCCGACCGCCGGGGAACACACCGACAGUGGGGCGUUCUCGUCCACCAAGGGCUCCGAGGGCACAGUCCGUCUGGUGCCCAACCGGCUUGUACUACUUUGAAAGUUUUGACAUCCGAGACCUGAUUGCAGCCAACUAUCGCCACUCAUUUGCUAAAUCGCUCUCCUUUGUGUUUCAGCAGUCUCUACUGUUCAACGUUCGUUACCUGCCCAAUA